CUUCCACAUCGCUCACCUAGGGGUUUGACCACCACACUCCAUCUCAGAUAACCUACCAUCGAGCGAGCAGCCGCCAUGGCCUUUGCAACUGGAGCUGCCAUAGCAGGCGCGACUGCGGCGGCAGCAUACCUUGACGCGAAGUACCACAUCUCGAAAGACUUGGGCAGCAUUCGAGAUGAGAGACGAGUUAUGAAGCUUGCACAGGAAUUGGCUCAGAAGAACAAGCGCUCGAUAUGGUACGCAUUCGAGGAGCAAGCAUUACUCCGAAAAGACGAGCCUUGUCUGUGGUUCCGCAACGAUAUCCACGACCCUCCGACCGAAUAUACAUGGAUACAGACAUACAACAAUUGUCUCCGAUGGAGUCAAUUCCUGCUGGACAAUGGUGUGCAGUCCGGAGAGCUGGUCGGAACAUAUCUGCAGAACUCGCCGGAAUUCAUGUUCAACAUGAUGGGCAGCUGGGCUAUCGGUGCCGCUCCGGCACUGAUCAACUACAACCUUGGAGGCGAUGGCUUGAUCCAUUGUCUCAAGGUUGGGAAGAGUAGGGUGCUCAUCGUGGACGAAGAUUCGGACUGUCAGGAACGGAUACGAGCUGUACAAAGCAAGAUUGAGGAGCUGGGAAUGCGGAUCAUUAUUCUGGAUGCAGCUACCAAGGCUGAGAUACUGGGCAAGGAACCUAAGCGUCCCGAGAACGUCUUCCGAGACGGUGUGACCGGCGAGUUCCCCAUCUUCCUCUUCUAUACCAGUGGUACAACCGGCUUUCCAAAGGCAUGUGCGUUCCCAACGCAGCGCUCAUAUGGACUGGGUAAAUCACGUCAGCGUACGACUGGAGUUGGACCUGGCGGCACAUGGUACGAUUGCAUGCCCUUGUACCAUGGCACAGGAUGCACAAUUGCAGUUGGAUGCAUGGUCUCUGGCGUUCGCCUCGCGAUCGGACGUAAAUUCAGUGUCUCGAGGUUCUGGCAUGAUAUUCACGACUCGGAAGCCAACAGCUUCGUGUACGUGGGAGAGACCGCACGCUAUCUUCUUGCGGCUCCUCCGUCUCCUCUCGACAAAGACCACAAGCUCAAAGCCAUGUUCGGCAAUGGCAUGAGACCGGACGUAUGGCUCAAAUUUCAGGAACGAUUCAACAUUCCGUGCGUCAAUGAGUUCUUCAACUCUACCGAGGGCAUGUUCGGCUUGCUCAACGUCUGCCGAGGACCAUUCCAUGCCGCUCACGUUGGACAUCACGGAGCGUUGUUGCGUCGUCGAUAUCAUAACAUCUACAUUCCCGUUGAGAUCGACCACGAGAACGGCGACUCUAUCUGGCGGGAUCCCAAGACUGGCUUCGCGAAACGAAAGCCCUAUGAGGAGGGAGGCGAGAUUCUUGUGGCAUGUCAAAGCGAGCGAGACUUCACCGGCUACUGGGACAACCCUGAGGCGACCGCAAAACGCUUCGAGCGGGACGUCUUUAAAAAAGGCGACCUCUACUACCGUACGGGCGAUGCUCUACGACGUGACAAAGACGGGAGAUGGUAUUUUAUGGACCGACUUGGCGACACCUUCCGAUGGAAGAGCGAGAACGUCAGCACUGCACAAGUGGCCGAGGUCCUUGGCGAUUUCCCAGGUCUCGUCGAGGCGAAUGUUUAUGGCGUUGAACUUCCUGGUUACGACGGACGAGCUGGGUGCGCGGCAGUGUAUAUUCGCCCAGAGGAGAGGAAGAACUUCGACUACGCGGGUCUGCUCCAACAUGCAAGACAACGCCUGCCACAUUAUGCGGUACCCGUCUUCUUGCGGGUCAUUCAAUCACCAACGCCGAUGCACAACAACAAGCAGAACAAGGUACCGUUGCGAAAGGAAGGUGUAGAUCUGAAGAAGAUCGCAGAGGGCGAUGCCGGAAAGGAGGAUAUCGUACUAUGGAAGGCGCCUGGCGAGAGUACCUACAAGCCGUUCCUGGAACGGGAUUGGGACUCGGUCGUGGGAGGCAAGGUACCACAGAUUUCCUUGUCCAAUGCCUCCCAGGUAGGGUACCAGGAAUCGCGGGCAUUCCAGAAAUCGUGGGGCGCCGUAUCCGAAGAGUCCACCCAUGGCUUCUGCUUGACACCAUCGUCGAACCAGCCAUUUGUGCCACCAACCGCAACGUUCAAGAUCAGAUAG